UGCGCUUCCUUUUCCAGCAGCGGCUGCGAUCAUGGCGGACGUGCAAGUGGAGCAGAGUCCGGUCCAGGUCCCGGUCCCCACGGUACCGGAGAAGGUCCCGGUUCCGGAGCAGAGCCCGGUGCCGGUACCGGAGCUGAACGGAGAGGCGGAGGACAAGGACGAGACCGACCCGGCGGAGGAGACCGCGAAGAAGAAGAGGAGAAAGAAGAAGAAGAACAAGUCCGCGGCGACAGUAGCUGAAGCGGAGGCGGACGGUGUCGCCGACGUGAGCAAGCAGCUUGAGAAGCAGGCGAUAGAAGACAAAGAGAAGGAGGAGGAUGGUGAAGAAGAUGGAGACGAAGGAGAAAACGCAGCAGGGAAAAAGAAGAAGAAGAAAAAGAAGAAGAAAGGACCCAAAACUCAGACUGAUCCCCCGUCAGUUCCGAUAUGUGAUCUAUUCCCCAGCGGGACGUUCCCCAUGGGACAGGAGUGUGAAUACCCGACUCUACAGGACGGCCGCAGUGCAGCGUGGCGUACGACCAGCGAAGAGAAGCGGGUUCUGGACAAAGCCAACGAGGAGGUGUGGAAUGACUUCAGACAGGCGGCCGAGGCCCACAGACAGGUCCGCCAGCACGUCCGCAGCUUCCUCAAACCCGGCAUGACCAUGAUCGAGAUCUGCGAGCGGUUGGAGGACUGUUCUCGUAAGCUGAUCAAGGAGAACAAGCUGGACGCCGGCCUGGCCUUCCCCACCGGCUGCUCCCUGAACCAUUGUGCUGCCCACUACACUCCCAACGCCGGAGACACCACGGUCCUGCAGUACGACGACGUCUGCAAGAUCGACUUCGGCACGCACAUCAACGGGCGAAUCAUUGACUGUGCCUUCACUGUUACAUUUAACCCAAAGUACGACAAGCUGCUGGAGGCUGUGCAAGACGCCACCAAUACUGGAAUCAAAAACGCGGGCAUCGACGUGCGUCUGUGUGACGUCGGGGAGGCGAUUCAAGAGGUGAUGGAGUCGUACGAGGUCGAGCUUGAUGGCAAAACAUAUCAAGUGAAGCCGAUCCGAAACCUGAACGGUCAUUCAAUCGGUCAGUACAGAAUACACGCUGGAAAGACGGUGCCCAUCGUUAAAGGAGGAGAAGCUACAAGAAUGGAGGAGGGAGAGGUUUAUGCCAUCGAGACAUUUGGCAGCACAGGUAAAGGUGUGGUCCACGACGACAUGGACUGCUCCCACUACAUGAAAAACUUUGACGUCGGCCACGUCCCCAUCAGGCUGCCCAGAGCGAAGCACCUGCUCAACGUGAUCAACGAGCACUUCGGCACGCUGGCGUUCUGCCGGCGCUGGCUGGACCGCCUGGGCGAGAGCAAGUACCUGAUGGCGCUGAAGAACCUGUGCGACCUGGGCAUCGUGGACCCCUACCCCCCGCUGUGCGACACCAAGGGCUGCUACACCGCUCAGUUCGAGCACACCAUCCUGCUCAGGCCCACCUGCAAGGAGGUGGUGAGCCGGGGAGACGACUACUGACACCCCCCAACCCCACCAGACUCCCUCCCCGCCUCCUCUACCACCACCACCCAGCCCCUCCUCCAGAGAGACGUCAGGAAAAGAGCUUGAAACGCGGGAGGUGGUCGACUCAGAGCAGCAGUGACUGAUGCCAAAUGUAUUCUACCCACAAUGCACCACUCGCAGCUCGAGAACGAGACUGACUGGCUUUUCUGAGUUUUCUAUAAUCAACCACAGCUAAAACAAUAAAAUAAAAAUUAAAGAUGUUGCCACAGUGUCACACCAGUAUUCACCACUCGGUGAGGUCGGGAACCUGUGAACCCCUCACUCUCUUUAUUUUCUGUUUCUACGGCUCCAGUGCUUCACUUCACUUCAGCACAAAAGAUUCUGGUUCUGGACGUUUGCUAAUGCAAAGGUGCUGUAGCUCUGAGCACCUUCCAGCUGCAUGUUUGGCUUCUGUUGCUACCCGGUGAGUGGGGGGGACGACACUCUGGCCCUCGAGUCGUUGUUUAAACUGGCUUCUGCCGCUGAGUGUUCCCAGUUUAAAAGAGCUUCAGUUUGAAAUCCCUGAAAAUGUUUUUGUAAGAAAGAAAAUAUUAAAGUAAUUUUUUUGCUCAUAA